AUGAAAUUACUGCCAAGUUUAGCAUUAAUUUCUUCAACCCUCUUUGCUUGGUUCGAACACUGGGAAUUGUUGUGUACCCUACUUCAAAUUGUGCGUAUAAUCUUUUCUCCAGUUGUUAGCAAAAAUCAAGUGGCAUAUCUAAAAGUGCUAACACAGAAGCUAUUAGAAAACUUCAAAGAGCUGUUUCCAGACUGCAGUAUCAUCCCCAAGAUGCAUUACAUGGUUCAUAUGCCAACAACAAUGCUUCAACUAGGCCCACUUGUGCGAAGCUGGUGUAUGCGAUAUGAAGCCAAACAUCGCUAUUUUAAGAAGCUGGCUGUUGCAUUGGGUAACUUCAUCAACUUGCCAUAUUCUUUGUCAAAACGGCACCAAGAAGGUGUUUCUUAUCGGCUGCAAUCUGGUGAAGGAGGAUGCAGUUCCUUUAUUGACAAAGGAAUUGAGGUUGGACCAGGUAAGACAUCCUAUGUUGGUGAUUUGGAAUACCACAAACUUAUAGAAAAUGAAAUCCUGGGUGUUGGCAGACAAACUUCAUUGUAUAAGUAA